GUUGUCGUCAUUAUCUCCUCAGAAUCUGGUUUACAUGACGCCUUAUAUCUAUAGCCUUGCUGAUUGUUCAGUAGGAUAGCAAUGGUGCCUUGAAGACAGUGUUCGACAAGUACUGACUCCCCUGUAGUGAUCAAGAAAAAACCAACGUAUGGGUUGCGUUCAGGGAAAGCCGUCACCAACCAAUAAUCGUCGACAGUCUCGUGGUGGUAGCCUUCAUAAGUUGAAGAUUGAUAAUGGAUAUGUUAUAGGUGGAAAUGAGGGAAAACCCAUUGCUGCACGGAAACCGUUUGUAGAAACGUCUGUGAAGGAGAAUAGUGGGAAGAAGAAUAAUCAUGUGGGUGAUGGUGUUAAUAAUGGAAACAUUGGAAAGGAAGGAGGAGGUGAGAAUGAUAGGAAGAUCAGCAGAGAAGGAAUUGGGAAUGUUUCUCAGAGAAUUGGGGUUGGUAAGAAGAUCGGGUCAGAUGAAUUGAUUGAUGGAUGGCCUAAAUGGCUUGUUGAUAAUAUUCCCAAAGAUGUUUUGGCUAAUUUGGUUUCUAAAACAGCUGAUUCUUAUGAUAAGCUUGCUAAGAUAGGUCAUGGAACAUAUAGCAAUGUCUAUAAAGCUCGAGAUAGGGAUACCGGAAAGAUUGUCGCCUUAAAGAAAGUCCGUUUUGACACAUCAGAGCCAGAGAGUGUGAAGUUUAUGGCAAGAGAGAUUAUCAUUCUACAGAAACUAGACCAUCCAAAUAUCAUCAAGCUUGAAGGUCUUGCCACAUCUAGAAUGCAAUAUAGUCUUUACCUGGUGUUUGAUUACAUGCAAUCAGAUUUGACCAGAGUUAUUUCUCGGCCAGAAGGAAGGCUAACCGAACCACAGGUUAAGUGCUAUAUGCAGCAGCUGCUCUCUGGUCUUGAACACUGUCAUGAGAGAGGGAUUUUACAUCGAGACAUUAAAGGAUCAAACUUGUUGAUUGACCAAAAUGGGAUGCUAAAGAUAGCAGAUUUUGGGCUGGCAAACUACUACCAGCCUAAACAGAAACGACCCCUUACAAGCCGAGUUGUGACACUAUGGUAUAGAGCUCCAGAGCUGCUCUUAGGCACCACCGAUUAUGGAGUUGGUAUCGAUCUUUGGAGCACUGGAUGCCUCUUGGCUGAAAUGUUUGUGGGUAGGCCAAUUAUGCCCGGAAGAACAGAGGUUGAGCAGCUUCACCGGAUUUUUAAGCUUUGUGGAUCUCCUCCCGAGGACUAUUGGAAAAAGAUUAAGCCACCAACAACCUUCCGACCGCCACAAAACUAUGUUCCAAGUUUCCGUGAAGCAUUUACAAAUUUUCCAUCUUCUUCGUUUGGUCUCUUGACCACACUUCUGGCUCUGGAUCCAGCAUCUCGUGGAACUUCCGCUUCUGCACUCCAAAACGACUUCUUCUCUUCAAGUCCAUUAGCAUGCGAGCUCUCGGGUUUGCCUCUUACGAACAAAGAGGAGGAGGAACCGAUUCAAUUCUACGAUAGAAACACGAACAGAACCAUGAAAACCAAGCAAAAAACUAGGAAAUCCCGGAAAGGUCACAACAGAAACAUCUCCGUUUCUGAACUCUCGACCGAGAAUUCUGGAUCGUCAAGAGAGCAAGAGAAGCAUGUCGACAAGAACUCGGUAAGCCAAGAGACGGGUCGCAGCACGAGUAGCAAUACAUCGAGUAAAAGGACAAACACGACAAUUGAGCACUCGCCACCAUUUACUCUUGCCUUCCAUUCGAAUCCUCCUGACAACAACAGGUCAGCAAGAACCGAAGCUCAUCCUAAUGCUUUAAAGAACAUAAAGAAUUUCCCGCUCUUACUCGCAUCCAUAACACAAACUGUCAAUCACAUGGAAGAAAACCGGAACGGUCUCAACCGCCGGUCCAUGUCUAACGUCGAUUUCCGACAUCUAGACAUUGAAAAGAUAUCCAAACUCUUUGGUUUAGAUGAACAUUAGGGUUUUUCAAUUGUCUUCUCUUGGAUUUGUUUUUCACAAGUAAACUACAAAUUACUGAUAA